AUGUCUUUGUCAUCUGCUGAACGUUUUUGUAUCUUCAAGGGGAAAUUGAAUCUUGAAGAAAAUAAAUCAUUAUUAGCAAAAUUUCGAGAAAAAGAUGCUGCUUGGCAUCGCAAAUAUCGACAAAUUAUCAACAAACAUCCAACUACACUUGAAAAACUUCGUGAACAAAAUCGAAAACGUCAAGCCAAACCUAUCAAAAAUGGAAUAAUUCUUCAACCAGUGAUCCAACCAAGACCAACUGAUAUAUCUGAAACUACAAAGAACAAGGUUAUUCAAUUUUAUCAAUUAGAUGAAAUCAGUAGCGUUGCUACUGGCAAGAAAGAUUUUGUUAUAAUUGACACUCCAGAUGGUUCAAAAGUCAAAGUUCAAAAACGACACCUUGUUAUGACGGUUCAAGAAGUCUUUGAACAAUUCAAACUUCAGUAUCCAAAUGAAAAAAUUGGUUCCACUUCAUUUAAUUUGCUGCGUCCAAAACAUGUUUUACCAAUGUCCAAUAUUCCUCAAAAUGUGUGUUUAUGUAAACAUCAUGCAAAUAUUGGUUUAUUAUUACGUUCAUUAAGCUCCAUUUUGAAAGCACCAAAAACAACAGUAAGUUUUCGUGAAGCUUUGGUUUGUGACAGCAACAACGAAAAAUGUAUCUCAUCAACAUGUGAAAAAUGUGGUGAAUUAAAAAAUUUUGAUAAAUUAUUUGAAUAUGAUGAUGAAAUUGGUGGCAAGGAUUUAGUUUAUCAUCAAUGGGAAACAUUUGAUUCAAAAAUUGUUAAAAUUGAAAAGUCUGGUACAAUUCGAGAUGCAAUUGAUGAUUUAAAAAGUCAAACCGAAGAUUUUUUGAUGCAUAGUUUUAUUACUCACGUACAAUAUAUCCAUUUUGAAGAUUGUAAACAAAAUGCAAGUCCAAAAUCUAUUGUAUUACAAAUUGAUUUUUCAGAAAAUUUUCGUACAAAAUAUCAAGAUGAAGUUCAAAAUGCAUUUUUUAAUUAUAAGCAAGCGGCUGUAUUCAAUGCGGUGGUUUGUGGAUAUGGCCGUGGGACUGUUGAUGGUGUUGGAGGUGCUGUCAAGAGGUUGGUUUGGAAAGGUAUGAUGGCAAAACAAUCUAUUGUACGUAAUGCUAAUGAUUUUGCACAUUAUGCAACAGCAGUUGCCAAAAAUAUCAAUAUUAUUUUUGUUGAUGCACAAGACAUUAAAUCUCAAUCAUCAUUACUUGAUCAACGAUGGAAUCAAGUGCGAGCUGUUUCAAAUACAUUAAAAAUUCAUUAUGUUAAGGCAUUAUCUCUUUACAAUAUUGAGCAAAUAAUUCACCAAAUAAAAACAAUUCAACUAAGUAUUAAGCAACAAAAAUUAUUUAAUAUAAAUGAUGAUGAAAUUUAUCUUAGUCAACUUACUGGACCAGUUACGAAUAAACAACCUGAAUAUAACGAAAUUUCAAAUGAUAAGAAUGAAUUUAAAAAUAAUGAAUUGCUACCAAAUAAUAAUGAUACAUUGUAUGAAGCAAUAUCAGAUGACGAUAAUGAAAAAAAUUUAUCAUUACCAUCAUAUGAUAAUGACUUACAUGUCAACAACAAUGAUAUGGUUGAUGGUGUCAGUGAUUAUGAACAACAACAAUCUUUCAAUAAGAAACUUCAAUUAUAUAGAGGAACACGGUCAGAUGACGCUCGAAAACAACGAAAUCGAAAAAGAAAUCUUUAUUUCCAAAUGCGGCGUUAUAGACAUUUUAUUACCCGUUCAUUCUACUGUAGAUUUACAAUCAAAUUAGUUCGGCACAUUCUUGCUAAAUAUAAUAUUCAUUAUAUUCAUGUCAAAUUAUUUGAUGAUUUAUUAAUUAUUGAUGUAAAAAACAAAAUAAUUCAACAACAAAAUGAACGAAGACUACCCGGUGAUAUAUUUCAUAAACAUUAUUAUUACCUGUUUCGUCAUGAAGCUCGAUAUUUCUGA